GUUUUCCUAAAGUUAAUUUUCUUUUUACAUUUGCUAAUUUUGCUUCCAACUUAUGAAGCCAUAACCGGAUUCCUGCGGGUACGGAUACAGGGCAGUCACCGGCCGCAGAAUCUCUUCCAUCUUUUCAAGUCUUAUUAGCACUUGUUUCCGAGCAAAAUAGUACUCCUCACCGUCAAGGUCUCAAGGAUUUGCCAUAUCAGAUCUGACCUUCAAAAAAUCCAACUUACACUGUGAUCAGCAGCUCAUUCCUUCCUCCUCAAUGGAGGACGCUUAUGCUAGAUCCGUACCCGAGGUUCUUGAGUUUUUCGGCGUGGAAUUAUCCAAAGGUCUUACAGAUUCACAGGUUGUACAUCAUACUAGGUUGUAUGGAAGAAAUGUGCUGCCUCAAGAAAAAUGUACUCCUUUCUGGAAGCUGGUUCUGAAGCAAUUUGAUGAUUUGCUGGUUAAGAUCUUAAUUGUAGCUGCCUUUGUUUCGUUCUUUUUGGCAUUGGCUAAUGGUGAGACAGGGUUGACAGCCUUUUUGGAGCCUUCUGUCAUCUUGAUGAUAUUGGCUGCAAAUGCUGCUGUAGGUGUAAUCACGGAAACAAAUGCUGAAAAGGCUCUCGAGGAACUACGUGCCUACCAAGCUGAUGUUGCUACUGUUCUUCGCAAUGGUUGCUUUUCAAUAUUACCAGCUACAGACCUUGUCCCUGGGGAUAUUGUAGAAGUCAGUGUGGGUUGCAAAGUUCCCGCAGAUAUGAGAAUGGUAGAGAUUUUGAGCAAUCAACUGCGUGUGGACCAGGCAAUUCUUACUGGUGAAAGCUGCUCUGUGGAGAAAGAACUUGAUGCAACGACAACUACCAAUGCAGUGUACCAAGAUAAGACAAACAUCCUCUUCUCAGGCACAAUAGUGGUUGCGGGCAGAGCAAGAGCUGUUGUUGUUGCGGUUGGAUCAAAUACUGCUAUGGGCAGUAUACGUGAUUCUAUGCUAAAUACUGAAGAAGAAGCUACACCCUUGAAGAAAAAGUUGGAUGAAUUCGGAACCUUCCUUGCAAAGGUUAUUGCAGGUAUUUGUGUUUUGGUUUGGGCUGUAAACAUCGGUCAUUUUAGUGAUCCUGCCCAUGGUGGUUUCCUCCGAGGUGCAAUACACUACUUUAAGAUUGCGGUCGCACUUGCUGUUGCUGCUAUUCCUGAAGGACUUCCUGCAGUUGUCACAACAUGCCUUGCUCUUGGAACAAAAAGAAUGGCUAGGUUAAAUGCUAUUGUCAGAUCCCUACCAUCAGUAGAAACUUUAGGCUGCACAACUGUGAUUUGCAGUGAUAAGACUGGCACUCUGACAACAAACAUGAUGUCUGUGUCUAAGAUUUGCGUGCUUCACACUAAGAAUCACGGCCCAGAUGCUAUCGAGUACAGUGUUAGUGGUGCAACAUAUGCCCCUGAGGGUUUUGUAAUUGACAACACAGGUGUCCAGCUUGAGAUUCCUGCCCAAUCUCCGUGUCUUCUUCAUAUAGCGAUGUGUUCAGCUCUUUGCAAUGAGUCUGUCUUACGAUACAAUCCUGAAAAGAAGGCUUAUGAAAAAAUUGGCGAGUCAACUGAAGUAGCCCUUCGUGUGUUGGCUGAAAAGAUUGGUCUUCCUGGUUUUGAUUCUAUGCCAUCUGCAUUAAAUAUGCUAAGCAAGCAUGAGCGUGCAUCCUAUUGCAAUCGUUAUUGGGAAAGCCAAUUUAAAAAGGUAUCCUCCUUGGAUUUUUCUCGGGACCGUAAAAUGAUGAGUGUACUUUGCAGCAGAAAGCAGAUGGAUAUUAUGUUCUCAAAAGGUGCACCAGAAAGCAUACUUUCUAGAUGCACUGAUAUUCUCUGCAAUGAUGAUGGCUCUACAAUUCCUCUUUCUGCAAAUAUUAAGGCACAGUUAGAAUCAAAGUUUGACAGUUUUGCAGGAAAAGAAAGUCUAAGAUGCCUGGCUCUAGCUUUGAAAAGGAUUCCUGUUGGCCAACAGUCGCUCUCCUUUGAUGAUGAAAAAGACCUUACGUUUGUUGGAUUGGUUGGAAUGCUUGAUCCUCCAAGGGAGGAAGUGAGAAAUGCAAUCCUUUCAUGUAUAACUGCUGGUAUACGUGUAAUAGUUGUCACUGGAGAUAACAAGGUCACAGCAGAAUCACUGUGCCGAAAGAUUGGUGCUUUUGACCGCUUUGGAGAUUUUGAUGGUCUAUCUUAUACUGCUAGCCAGUUUGAAGAACUACCAGCAUCGCAAAAGAUUGUGGCAUUGCAAAGAAUGACACUUCUGUCCAGGGUUGAGCCAUCUCAUAAAAGGAUGCUAGUUGAAGCCUUACAGAAUCAAAGUGAAGUGGUUGCAAUGACUGGGGAUGGAGUCAAUGAUGCACCUGCCCUUAAGAAAGCGGACAUUGGGAUUGCCAUGGGAUCAGGAACAGCUGUUGCAAAGAGUGCUUCAGAUAUGGUUUUGGCUGAUGACAAUUUUGCAUCAAUCGUUGCGGCUGUUGCAGAGGGUAGGGCUAUAUACAACAACACGAAGCAGUUCAUCAGAUACAUGAUAUCUUCAAAUAUUGGUGAAGUAGUGUGCAUUUUUGUUGCGGCUAUGCUUGGAAUACCUGACACACUUGCACCAGUCCAGUUGCUGUGGGUAAAUUUGGUUACUGAUGGCUUGCCUGCCACUGCUAUUGGAUUCAAUAAGCAAGACUCAGAUGUUAUGAAGACUAAACCUCGCAAGGUUAAUGAAGCAGUUGUUAGUGGCUGGCUGUUCUUUCGGUAUCUUGUUAUUGGAGCGUAUGUUGGACUAGCCACUAUUGCGGGAUUCAUAUGGUGGUUUAUUUAUUAUGAUAAUGGGCCUAAACUUCCAUAUGGUGAAUUGAUGAAGUUUGACAGCUGCUCAAUGAGGGAAACUAGCUAUUCUUGCAGCAUAUUUAGUGAUCGGCACCCAUCUACCAUUUCAAUGACAGUGCUUGUUGUUGUUGAGAUGUUCAAUGCACUAAAUAAUCUUAGUGAAAAUCAAUCCCUGCUUGCCAUCCCCCCGUGGAGUAAUUUGUGGCUUGUUGCUUCGAUUGUUCUGACAAUGCUGCUUCAUGCACUCAUUCUGUAUGUGCAACCAUUAUCUGUUCUCUUCUCUGUCACACCACUUAGUUGGACGGAAUGGACCGCUGUGUUAUAUCUUUCUUUUCCUGUAAUACUAAUUGAUGAGAUACUAAAAUUCUUCUCUAGGAAUUCAGGCACGAGAUUCAAGCUUAGGUUCAGACGACGGCCAGAUUUGCUGCCGAAGAGAGAAAUUCGCGACAAGUGACAGAGGAAAGCUGACUGAAGUUUAUGAACAAUGAAUGAAGUCAUGAAGACCUCUCUCCAUAGGACCAUAGCUAAGUUAUUGCACAAAGUUGAUGCAUGUAUUCUUUUUUUACCUCUAUAUACCCUUUGGCAUACAAGGUGUCCCUUGUAAAGUUAUAUCUAUAGAGAGUAUUUAAUCGUUUGCACACUAAACUCUUCAGUUUUGCUACAUUAUUUUUGGAUUACAUGAUCGUCAUUAUUCUUUUCUUUUUGCUAGAAAAUGCUGCUUUCACCGAGUAAAUUACUUCAGACAUUUUAGUGACGUUCUCACUCAAA